AUGCGACAGGAGAAGCUGCAGCAGCAGCAGCCACAGCAGCAGCAGCAUGGAGAGCAGGUCGUCGCUGCCGCUGCAUCCGCUGUAGUCUUCACAGGGCCCCCCCCGUCCUCGAGAAACACACUCCAGCCCGUGCGUUCCCUGGGGGGCCCCAGCAUCAUGCAGGAAGGGGCCCCUUGGGGGCCCCCUGCCCCCGUAGGGGCCUCGCCUCCUCUUUGCACUCCCCAGCAGCACAUGAGCUACGCGACGGCUGCUGCUGCCGCUGCACCGCCUCCCCAGCAGCAGCGGAGCAGCAGCGACCCCCAUGCAGCAGCAGCAGCAGUCUCUGCAGCAGCAGGAGGAGCGGGAGGAGCAGCAGGAGGCCCCCCUCCUCCCUCCGCCUUCGCUCCCGCUUCCUACGGUGCCUCUGCUCCAGGAUCUGCGGGAGUGCCCCUCGCCACGCAGCCACUGCAGCCUCCCCACUUGCUCGCAAGCCGUCGCAUGCAAGGCUACGGCUCCCUGCCUUCGGCCUCCCCCGGAGCCGCCGCUGCCGCUGCCGCUGCUGCUUCCGAUGCAGCAGUCUCUGCGGCAGCGGGGGCCCCCCCCGCCCUCCGAUAUCCCGCAGUCGCAGCGCCUCCAGGAGACGCGGGGGCCCCUAGAGGCCCCUACGCAUGCGCCGCAUCUGCACCCAACACGUACUACGCGGGGCCCCCUGCACCGGGAAGCCCCUAUUCUGCUGCUAGCGCCUUCCAACAGCAGCUGCAGAAGCAGCAGCAAGCAAUGAUGCAGUGGCAACAGCAACAGCAGCAACAGCAGCAGCAGCAGCAGCAGCAGCAGCAGCAGCAACGGAACGGGACUCCCGGGGUUGCUGCUCUUCAUCUUCCACAACAAGCGAGCAGUGCCAACAUCGGUGCCAGCAGCAGCAGCAGCAGCGCCAGCAGCAGCAAUAGGACGCCUCUGGCGAUGGAUGUGCCGCAGCAGGCAGGACCCUUGUUGCAGCGAUCCCAUCGAUCCUUGCUGCUCCAGGAGGCUGCGUGGAUGGCUCGAGACUUCUACUACGAGCGGCGAUGGCGAAGGCAGGCACUGCUGCGCUUAAGCAGCGGCGCGACAGCAGCUGGGAGAUUCAGAAUGUUGCAGCAGCUCCAAGAAGAAAGGAGGCUUCUCGCUGCUCCUUGGGCAGCAGCAGUCGAAGCGCUGUGUAUUGCUCUGUGCCGGCAGGUUCGUCGUUCUGCUGUUUCCCCUGCCACCGCUUCAAGCCCUGCUUCGAGCGCCGCGGCUGCUGCGCAUUUUGCUGCUGCGCACAAUCUUCAGGUGUAUAGGGACCUCGUGCCAGACGAGUUGGCAUGCAUUGCGGCCCCUGUGCCUCCCGUUGGGAGUUGCGCUGCUCUUGCGGG